AAAUCUCGAGCGAUACUGUUAUGGAAGCCGCAAAAGAAGACGUUUCCGUGUCUGCAUUUGAAGAACGUAAUUCAAUUCAAGCCUUAAUCGAUAAACUUCCUUUCACGGAUCCGAUAACUGCUGAAGAGUAUUUAUGUCUUGAUGAUGAGGAAGAAGCAGUCUUUAUCAAUAGCAUUACGGAUGAAGAUAUU